GCAACCCUGCUGCUGAGGCGCUUGGGCUCGGCAGCAGGGCAGUCUGGUUUUGCGCAGAGGCGGCCGCAGCAUCCUCGUCCUGGUCCCUGUGGGUGCUCCUGCUCCUUCCAUCCGCCUUCCCUCUUAUGCUCGCCCGAUGUAGGUGUGGAAGGCCGGGGGCAAUGGAUCUCGGCGUCUACCAGCUCAGGCACUUCUCCAUCUCCUUCCUCUCCUCGCUGCUGGGCACCGACAGCGCUGCCCUCAGGCUCGACAGUAGCUCCUCCGGCGCCAGCGUCGUCGCCAUAGACAACAAGAUCGAGCAAGCCAUGGAUCUGGUAAAGAGCCAUUUGAUGUAUGCUGUAAGAGAGGAAGUGGAAGUUCUCAAAGAGCAGAUCAAAGAGUUAAUUGAGAAGAACAACCAACUAGAGCAGGAAAACAACCUCCUGAAAACACUGGCCAGUCCCGAGCAGCUGGCGCAGUUCCAGGCACAGUUGCAGACGAGUCCUUCGCCUGCCGCCUCCUCACAGCCGCAAGGGACGACAGCAGCAGCAGCUCAGCAGCCUCCCCAGCCGGCACCACAGGGCUCAGGACCUUCUGCGUAGUGCCCUCUAACACCGUGGCAAGAAGAGCUCUGGACUCUGCGGAGAGGCAGGACUUGCCCAGGAAUCCACCGCAGCCCACUACACACUGCAUGCUGCCACCCAGUCAUGAAGACUCUUAAGUGCCCUGCAUACAUAGGUCACCAAGUGAUUUCUUUUCCCAGUAUUAAGCUACUCAUCAGAAAUGAGGGAGUUGCGAUUUCUGUUUGAUAUUUUUUAAGUUGCGGGGCGGGGGUGUCUCACAAGCGUUCAGCAUGAAUACAGUGGGGACUUGAGCGGCUUGGGCAGGUGGCUGGCUGCUAAGAUACAUGGAUCUGUGUGCCUGAAGCUCCCUACCCAUUCGAGAUCUUUCUUCCACAUAGUGCCAUGGCGAAUGCAAGUGCUAUUAAGCAUGGAAGUAUGAAGAAAUCGGCUGGGACGGCGGGGAUGAAGACCCCGUUCCUCCAGCAUCCCACCAAGAAGCCAAAGCCAAAGGACUGAUGAAAAAGGGACCUUGGGGAGAGAUGGCGGGACGUAAAUGUUGGCUUUCAAUGCCUGCAACCUUACAGUGCCGGCAGGCACUCAUUGCUUUCUGUUGCCAGGGACAGGUGCAAAAAUGUGUUUCUAGGAAGAGAGCAGGUAGGUGACAUGUUGCUGUGACAUAGGAUCAUAAAAAUGAAGGUUUAUUUGCUUAAUGUAUAUUUGUGUAUUUAGUGUAAUUACUUUGUAAAAUAGGAACUGUAACUACUCAUUAAGUUGUACAGAGUGAAUUUAAAGGAUGAGCUGAACAAGUUUGGAUAGGUUUCUUUUUUUAAUUUUAUUUUUGAUGCCACUUAAGUAAGAUUUGCACCUACACAGCUCUUCAGAAAUCAGCUGAUUGAGGCUGUUUAUGUAAGUUGGAAAUAUUGCCUUGGAGCUGAAUACCUUGAAGUUAAAUUCUGUUCACUGUAAUUCAGUUUCAUGCAUCUGUGAUCAAUCUGUGAGAGCAAAGUUGAAAAACCAUUUUCUCACUAUGUCUUCUCUCUCUUUCUCUUUUUUGCAUAUGAUCUGUAUAGUAGUAUGCAUAUGUUCCUGUGCAUGUUCUUGGGAGGCGGGGAGGAAAAUUGUAAGACAUCAGCAUAUUUAACUAUUGCACUUCUCAACUUCCAAUAAAACAUAAAGCCUUGAUUUAGAA